AUGCUUUCAACUUCGCUCACGAAUGUCAUGUCCGGUUCCGUCGUGUGGCAGAAAGAACGCUCAACGACUGCAUUCCACCCAUUGGCACUUAGCGCGUGUCGGAAUCUCCUUGCAUUGAGUGUUCAAAAGGAGGAAAUACCUGAAAAAGCAGGCGUAAAAUUACUCGUGGGUGCUGGCGUUUGCCUCACAUACGAGUUUGCAUUGGGUCAUUACCUUGAGUUUAUUAAGAUUAUGAAGCAGACAAAGCCGCAGUUUUCAUACGUGCAAUUGACCCAAGAGAUUAUGCACACGAAAGGUCUCGUCGGUAUUUGGGACGGCUUCUUUCCAUGGGGUGCUCUUCAGGGAGUGGCAAAGGGAUCCGUCUUUGCCUGGGGCCAUUCCAUUGCCCGUACAGCACUUACUCCUGUUGUUCAGAACGACAAGAUUAGCAAGGGCACGUCCGAGGUCAUUGCAGGCGGCAUCGGUGGUGGGUUCCAGGGUUUCGUGCUCAGUCCCACGCUGUUACUCAAGACGCGCGUGAUGACUGAUCCCAUUUUUCGCGAGCAAAUGACGCCGCUCGAAACCAUGUCGCGCUCCAUGCGCGUUGGUGUCAAGGUCAUCCGCAAGGAAGGCGUGGCAGCGCUGAUGAAAGGAUCGGGCAUCUUCUCGCUCAAGCGAGUGGCCGACUGGUCCACACGUUUCUUCUUUUCAGUGAAGGCUGAAAAUAUAGUGUACAAACGCGGCAAUCCCGACCACGUGCUCACAACUAGCGAGCAGGUCAUCUCGUCAUUACUGGGUGGUGUGGUUAGCGCCGCGGUGACGCUGCCUAUGGAUGUGCUGGUUGCUCAGAUUCAGCAGGCGUCCAAGGCCGGUGAAAAGGUAUCGGCGGUAAAACUGUUCCAGCAGCAAUACCGUACGGGUGGUAUUAACAAGGUGCUAGCAUUUGGCACGACUGGCUUUGUGGCACGAUUUAUCCACGCCAGUUUCACGACGAUGAUUAUGAAGACAGCUACGAGCGUGGUAUACGACAUGGUCGAGGGCCGAAACUAG